AAAAGAUAAUAAUGGAAAGAGGGAAAUAUAUCGGAAAAUGCCAAAACUCGAAGAUAACCAGCGCGCUAAAAUGAUAAUUUGAAUUCGCAAUACCCAAACCAGGUCGAUAGAGCUUCUCGUUAAUAUUGUGCGAUGAAAGAAGAAGGAGAAGGGGAAACGGUCAUUGAAACUCUCUCAGAUACUCUAGAUUCCUCGUUCAAAUUCCAUCUUGUUACUGAUAUUUUAGGUUUCGUCCUCUUUAUGCACCAGCAAAUCCCUUCCUUACUGCAGGAUCUCACUCUAGAAUUUGAUGAAUUGAACACUGAAUUCGCAGAAUUGGAGACAGCUAUUGUACAAGCGGAGACGUGCUCUUUACGUAAAAAGCAUGCUUCCAGGAAGAGGGAGGUGAGGAUGGGAAUAAGGAGACUGGACAAGUUAAUGAACACUAUAUCCAGUCUCAGGACUGCUCUUCAAUUAAUGAUCACAGAAUUUCCUGCUAUUCAAAGGGUUGUUCUGAUUCUUGGGCCUAGUCCUUUGCGCCCUCUACAUGUGUAUGAACUCAACUUUUCGAGUGAAACGGCAGCCUCUGGAGGAGAUUUUACUAGGAAUCGAGUUGUGGAAUCACUUUCAAAGAAGGCAAUUCGGGUCUUAGUUUCAAAGGGUGCCGGAUCUGGCUCCUCUGCUGGUCCUACCAAGUUGUUCCUCUUCGUUCUAGCUCCUUCGUCAAUUAACUUGCAUCUGCAUUUUCUUCCGAAGAGGGAUUUCAGGUACAGCAAAAAGAUAAUUCCUUUCAAAGUGCAGUUUAGUUGUAGAGCCAAAAAUCUUGAAAGAGAAGCGUGUGCUGAUGAUACUCACACUGCUAAAGCAAUCACAGCGCAUAGUUCUAAUGUCGAUGAUUUUAUCUGGUUUCAGUGUCGGCAUAUAGUCAAGGGCAUGGCUUCCAGGGCAUCCCCAACUGAAGAGUGAGAGAGACCUUUUUACGUUGGAAAAGUGAACGACAGAGUUGGCUUUAGCUUCCUUCACCUGCUGCAUUACCCACUUCUUAUCCUUCUCUGCUUAAACUUAGAAAAAAAUUAUUAAAGCUUAACAGGUACAGGAUCAAGGGGACAAAGUCCAAUUUUCUGGAUCGUUGCUGUCCUAAACACAGACAGGUGAAGAACUCCUCGAGAAACAUGAGCAUCAGAUUCACUAGGCUGUUCGACUAUCAUAGUUCCAAAAAGGAUUAAAGCUUCACUAAAUGUUUGCAACAUAUUAAAUGACAUUAAAAGAAUUUUGGCAGGUACAGUCAUAAACUCAUAAUAGGUGAGGCCCUUUAAGUUGUAUGACUUGGAGUAAUCUUCAAUCUACAUUUCUUGUUAAGUUGUUUACAAGUCAUGCCAUAUUGGUAUGGCGUGGUACCAUACCUAUCUUGUUCAAUUGUUUACUAGUUAUGAUGAAUUGAUAUGACUAGUACUAUUUUCAUUCUA